AUGUCUCUCAGUCAUAUUCAUGAUGGAAUUACAGAAGACGAAAGUAUCGCGUCGACAUCAAAACAAAAUGCAAGUUCAUUGAAUUCCGAUGCAAGACAUGCCUAUUCGCAAGUUUUGGGAAAAAUCUACAAUGAGCUUGCCCGUUGCUUGCGAUCUGAAAAAGACGUUGAAGAGGAUGAAUAUCGGAUUCUAUCGCUUCAAAAUAUUGGAAUUAUUUCCGAUUCGUUUCAAUUUUUUGUCCUCACCGCUCUCUUGCCCUAUUUCGAAAAUGGGGUUGGUAUUGGCGCAUCGAAUCGAUCGAGUUUUGUCAGGUCAUGGAAACUAUUUGAUGGAAAUAUUAAAGAGCAAAGAGACAGGCUUAGCUUUGCUGUUAACGUUAUCUGCGAGCUAUUCGGGUCGAAUGAAGCAUUGAGAGUUCAGCUUCUUAAAAAGUUUGUCGAUGAUAUUCUAUGCGUCAAAUUUCAAUUGGAAUCUCUUGGAGUUUCAACAUUUCAUGAAAAUCUUGAUGUUAUUUUAAAAGACUGCUCAAAAGAUUUGUUGAUUUCGGCUCUAAUGGGGUUAUGUAGGCCAAAAAUUGGCAAAAUUGUGCCCCCAAUAUGGCUACAGAAAUCUUGUGGAGCUAUGUUGUCGUCAAUUUUGGUAGAGAUCAACGGUUUAUCGUAUUUUGUUGCAUAUUAUGCAGAUGUUGGUGGGAGCAAUUGGACAGACAAUGUUCCGGUGCGCACAUCAUUUGCCAGACAAAUUACAAGGGUCCCUCAAAGCGCUUCCUCGUCUUUAGCAUACCAUUCUACUAUUUAUAGACAAUUUAAGCAAAUUCUUGCUCAACAGGAUCCCGACGACCCGGAAUCGAAGAAAAUUGCAAAAUUGUUAGCGAGUUUUGUCGGCGAAAUGGGCGAAAAAUACAAAAGAAACGCGAAUCUCGUUGUUUUCGAUGAUUUGCUUCGAUUUUGGGAAAUUUUGAAUGAGAAAAGGAACGAGUUGACUUCGAGAAUCGAGCAAAUUGAUUUGCCGGACAACUUCGAAACAUCUCUCAAUAUUCUCUUUAUGCUUAGCGAACUCGAUGAGACGAAUGUUAUGAUUAGUCCAAGGUUUCUGAACCUUACCGCCACUUUUCUUGAUAUUUACGAUGAGUCGGAAGAUAUGGAUGAAGGAAUUAUGAAAAAAUUGCAAAAAAUUCUGAAAUUUUCACUAAAAAAUGUAUCAAAUAAGGGAUCGCUCAUCUAUUGCUAUAUUAUGAAUCCAAGCAGACAUGUUCGAAUUCUCAAACCAAUUAAAUCGAAGUUGAUUGAAGAAAUUGGCGAGGAAAAAAAGUCAAGAAAAACGGAAGAUGUUAAAUUAGUCGUCGAAGGAAUCGAAGAAGCCGAUCUCGGAGUGGCUAGAAGACUCGAAUCAGCAUCCAUGAUAAUUCAAAAGUAUUUUUUCGACGAAUCGUGUAAAAUAUUUUUGGAAAUUCUCGCGGAAGGUGUAAAUGACUGGUUUUCACUAAGUUUAUCAAAAGAAUCCGAUCAAUAUUCUCCUCGAUUUGUUGAUGAUUUGAACAAUAAAGAUCGCUCGCGAAACGAUGCUCAUGCUCAUUUAGUUGUUGGUUUCUGUUUCGAGCAGAUUGUCGAAAUCAUGUCUGGAGGAAAAGGUUUCGAGAAUAGCAGCGAUCAAUUGGUACUUCUUCUACGCAUUGUACAGACGAUUCUCAUUAGAACCGCUGAAAAGUUUGAAAACUUCAAAAUAAAAUCUGAAAAAUUCGAUCUUUUUAAAGUCUCUCAUGAGGAUUUAUCAGCGAUUGAGAUUAUGACUGAAACUUGCAAAAUGUGUAUCGGACUCAUUGGAGGAGUGCUGUUUGCAGCCAACAUGUAUCCAAAUUUGAUGGAAGAACUUGAAAAAACGCUGAAAUGCGUUGAAACAUUCACGAAAUCUUCGCAGAAAUGUUGCGAAUUCGACGAAUUUGGAGAAGACUUGGCGAAAGUUGUGAAAGAUGCGCGCGAUUUGUUGGAUAUCAUGAACUAUGAUGUCAAAGAAGAACCCGAGAAGGCUAAUAUUCAAUCGAAACCGUCAACGAGCAAAGGCACAACUGAUGAAAUUGGCGAAAUUUUGCGAUGUCUUCGCGAUGAAUAUGAAGAAUCGGCCAUGAAAGGCGCAACCUUAAUUCAGAUUUCUCGGAUUUUCCGGUCAAAUCAAUCAGAAAAGGCCAAAAAGUUGCUCGAACAUGAAAUUUUCUCCAUCGUUUCAGAUCUCAUUAUGGAUCGCGAUUCGUAUGUCUAUUUGGCAGCCAUCAAUUGUCUAUGCGAAAUUGCUUGCUAUGAUAGGAAAUACCUUCAAGAAAUUAUCAAUUUGUAUUUUGCAAUGAAUCAGAAAGAAAAAACAUGCGAAGACGACACGAUUCGUCGCGGAAGAAUGGGAGAAGCGCUCGGAAAAGUGUUUCGAAUUUUCGGAGAAGUUUCGAUUCUGUAUUUGGACGAAAUCGCGAGAAUGUUCACACAAACCAUGAGAGAAGACGAAGAAAUCAUUCGUGCGAGUUGUUGCUGUGCUCUGGGUGAUAUAAUUGUGGCGUGUCGAGGGCGCGGAAUCGAAAAGUAUCUCGACGAAAUGCUGUACACUCUGGAGACUGUCAUUUUGGCUGACAAAUCGUGUUUGGUGAGGAGAGCUGCUGUGGAUUUGGUCCGCCAAUGCAUUCGAUCGUGCUCUACUGAUGUUCUACAGAUAAUGGGCGGUCGAUUGCGUGAUAUUCGCCGAAAAGUGACUACUCUUUGGAAAUACGAUCGAGACGAAGUUGUUCGUCUUCAUGCUCAAUUGUGCAUCGAGGAAUUGAAUGCAGCAAUUAUUGAUAUAUUCGAAGAAGAAUCGUCCCAUUAUUGUAGACAAAUCAAAAUUUAG